GGAGAUGUAAAUAACAACUUCCGCUUGCUGCCAUUAACGCCGGGAUUUCACGGGUUAUUGCUGAUGCUCCUCAGGAAAUUGUCAACCUUCUAAAAAUUCGCAUUUCUUCUAUUCGCCCUUUAGGGCGCAUGUUCGGUACGAAACGGCUUGUGAGGAGAGUGACGAGACCACGAUGGCGGCGGCCCAGUCUCAGCCUGGGCUUCUAACUAUUGAGCAGACGAAGGUUGUUCUGGCAGAAGUGAUCAAAGCCUUUGGCUCCCCAGAGAAUUCUGCCCGUCUCCAGGAGGCACGAGACAAUGCCUGUAAUGACAUGGGGAAGAUGUUGCAGUUUGUUUUGCCAGUGGCCACCCAGAUACAGCAGGAUGUUAUCAAGUCGUAUGGCUUCAGCAACGAAGGGGAAGGUGUUUUGAAAUUUGCUCGGCUAGUGAAAAUGUAUGAGUCACAGGACCCGGAGAUUGCCGCAAUGUCUCUCAAACUGAAAUCUCUGUUUCUACCACCAAUGACUUCACCACCACUAAGUGGCACUGUUGCUGCAACCUAGAGACUGAAACUACAAUCUUGAACCUCUUGCCUGACCACUAACACAACCUUCAUCCUCAAAAUGUAUUUUAAUUCUGUAAUAUUACAAGGCACUUCACAAGCAUGAUGGUUGUGUAGUAAGACUCGAAAAUGGGAAUCUGCUUCUGCAUCUUCUCCUUCUUAUGAGAUAUAGUGGGUUAUAAAUGAAAAACAAACAUUUGCCCUUGAGCUAUGACCCUGGAAGCCCUUUUGCAUUUCUUCACUGCCAACUGUAUAGACUUGAAAAAAUGUGUUUGCUUGCAAGUCCAUUACGGUGUGUCAACAAACUGCUAUGGAAAAUUAGUUCCAAAUCUGUUUUUAGUGUCUGCCUUUUGUUGGAUGGUUGAACUUGUUUACUUUUGGAAAGCUUUCUUAAUGAUAAAUUUGUCCAUUUAUUUUAAAUGCUUUUGUCUAGGAUAUUUGAUUGUCUUUCAAGGAUGAGCUUACAAUAUAUCUGUUGGUCACCCAGAAGCCUGUAAUGGAGUAAUGCCUAGGCCUAAGUUUGUUUUAGGCUGGAAAGUCUGCUGUAUUGUGUUUUUAUGAUAUUUUGAUAUUAAUAUGUAUUUCCCAUCAAUGGGUAUAUAUUUUCCAUCUAGUUCCACACUGGGGAUAAAUGAGUAUAUUGCCCUCUUGCAGGUGUGUUUUUAUGUUUCCUAUUCUGAUUUGGCUUUAAAUCUGUUGGUUAGCUUAUUCCUUCUACCUGUCGAUGCCAAGUGAUGUUUUACUGAACUGAAUGGUUUGAAAGAAGUAAGAAUGGUUACUGUACACAAAGGCACAGUAGUAUAGAGGUUAUAUUUGCUUCCUCAGUUCUCCAGGGACCAAAUUAAUUUCAAAAUCCAGUCACUAUUUGCACAGUGUCCUUUUGUUCAUGAGGUUGAUGGGGUUUUUUUUUGUGUUCAUGAGGUUUCUCUGGAUUCUGUGAUCUCCUCCAUCACACAACCUUUCCAGUUAGGUUAACUAGCUAAUGUAAAUUAGUCUGGUUUCUGUGAAUGCAUCCAGCCAUGGCCUAAACCAUCACGAUAAAUGUUGAAUCCCCAGAGUUCUGUGACAAACAUAUCCGGUUCUGAAAAUAAAUGGAUGGGCUUGUGAGUGUAGUCAUGGUUUUGCUAGGUAUGUAUGCAUAAACCUUGAAUGCAUAUGCACUAGAGUACUGUUUUUAUUUGACCUAUCCAUCCAUUCAUUCAUUAGCUUAACUUCCUUAAUCCUGUUGUAGGUUCACAAGGAGCUUGGCCCUGUGCCCUUUCUAUACAAAUUAAUUUGCACCUAGUGGAUAUGACUACAUAAGUGGCUGUCCUGCCCCCACUCCCCCUAAACAUGAACACACAAAAUAGCAGGAUCACUCAAUAGUGAUCAAAUGGUGCCAGGAUGUAAAUAUUCAAUUGAUCUACAGUUGGUGACCAGUGGGCCAGUGUUUUAACUUGUCAACUACCUGAAUGUACUUUCAUGACAUUUUAUGUGAAGAAACUUGUUAUUCCAUACAAUAACAAGCAUGAAUAUGUUUGGCAGGAGGAGUUAUAUAUUGGGAGGUAGGGGAGUGUUGGGCAUCUCUGGUUUUUUAAAUAUCAGAAAAAGAUUCUAAUUCCUUUUUGACUGAUUGAUAUCUCUAGAUCUGAAUGUGAAAGAAUGAAAGUGCAGACUGGUAUAUCAAAUUAAAAAUGGAUUUCAUAAUCACCUUUAAUUUUUCUCAAUUGAAGGUUGAAAAAAAAAAGACCCAAACAUUUCCCAUGUUUGCUGAUGUGACCGUUGCUGUUCCUUAAAUGGCCACAUUAUCAGUCAGACUAUAACUGGUCUAUGACUACUUGAUAAUUACAUUAAUUGUAAGUGAAAUGUGGGCCAGACUGUCCUAGGUGAAGGUCAUAUUAUUGACACGUCAUUUAUUGAGAGACAUAGCACGAGGCUGAGCUAGGAGCUGACACAGCACAGAAAUGUUCUUUUGCAUGUUAAAUGUCAGUCUGCCCAAUAUUUUUCUCUCCUUUUGGGAACCCUUUUUCCAGUUUAUGCUGAGCUGGUGAAACAUCAGUAUGUUUCAUUAAAGAAAGACUGCUUUAUGUCCACCUGGAGACACAUCAUCGCCUUGGCAGCUUAUCCUUGUCUGUUUAUAAUGAGUCGUUUUCUUUUUGCUUGGGUGAAAUAUUUUCUCUUCAGAAAGCAAAGAUGUCAGCUUUUGGUGAAGGCGUUUGGGUUGUCUAAUGGUGCUCUUUUUAAUUGUGUUUGAAGAGCAACAGCAGAUUUGGGUAUUGAUUACUUCCAGCUGUGUUCUCUUGCAUUUGAAAUUAAACGAGAAACAUCCUGUCAGUGUUGAGUAAAAAUGUGAAGUUAAGGAUGAUGUCAAGUAUCCAGUAGCCGUUUUGCAUUUCAAUGGCUGUUCAGUGAGCUGGCCAGGCCCUCUGUGCAUUGGGAAAAUGAACGGUUUUCAAAUCCGUAAACAAACAAAAAAAAGAACACAAGCCUACAAAAAGUAGAUGGAAGGGGGUGCAGGGUUUUGAUCAAUUGUGUUGCAUUUGAGGUAAAAAAAGAAACAAAACACACAUUACUGUGAAUACUGUACUGUGAACAAGAACCAUUAGGCAUCCAUUAUGACCCCUUAGUGGCAUCUUGAAUACUGUUGCUGUAAACUCAAGAGCACAUUAAUAACAGAAGAAA